AUGGCAACGUCUUCCUGCAAGACAUGCCUACUGUAUGAAUGCCUCUUUGAUAGCAUGUACAAGGGAGUCUUAUUUGUAUGUUUGACAAAAAUUUGCAUAAUACUAGCUGGUCAGACGGGACAUGGGAAGAGUUCAACUGGAAACUCAAUUCUUGGGAAGAAUGUUUUUACAGUGAAACAAUCAUCAACAUCCGUCACUACCCGGGUUCAGUUAGAGCAUGCUGAAAGAUGGGGAAAACACAUUGUGAUUGCAGACUGUCCAGGUUACUUUGAUACCAAAAAGGAUAAUGCAUACAUUGAAAAACAGAUUUUGAGCACCAUUGUUGCCACAUACCCAGGCUUCAAAGCAAUUCUGUUUGUUAUCAAAGCAGAGCGCAUUACAAAGGAAGUUAGAAAGACAAUUGAUCUGAUGAUGAACAGUUUUGGGGCACAGGCUGCUGACUUUGCAUAUGUUGUGCUCACAAACAUUAAGAAUGAAGAGAGAAAAGGAGAAUAUUUGUCCUCACCUGAACCAAAAUUAAAGGAGAUAAUGGCUUUAUGUAAAGGAAAGGUUUUAUUCAUUGAUAAUGAGGCUGAACCUAAAAGGGUGGAAGAAAUGGCAAAAAAUAUCAUUCAAGCUAUUGUAAAAGAGUCCCAAUUCAACUACUACAAACAUGAAUGCUUCAGUCAGGUUGCUCAGCUUAUGAAGAAAAUGGGGAAAAAAGAAGCAGAUAUCCAAAAUGUUGAUCGAAGGAAAGAAAUGGUAGAGGAUGACGGCUUUUUGUCUUCAUUGAUGGGUUUUGUAAAAAAAUUAGCUCCCAUUGCUGGUGUGAUAUCUCCCCUUGCUGGUGUUAUAGGGACAGCAGUAAGCUCUAUAGCAAGUAUGUUUUCAAAAUAAAAGAAAAAGACAAUGCAGCAAAUAUAACAUCUUUAACAAAAACAAGUUAAGUAUAAGUUCUGGUAUCAGUUUUCCUCUUAGCUGUGUAUUGGACAGCCAAAUAUUUGACCAUCAUAAUAGCAUCUGCUGCUUGGUGUAAUUUAGUUUGGAAAAAAAGGAGUCGAAUGUUGGUAAUGAUAACAUUUUGAUAAGUUUGUUCCAUUUAUAUGCAUUAUAUGGGUAAGGUCAGACUUUAUCUAUGGGGGGAAAACUGAUACAUCAAAUCUUCAUAUAAUUGCCCCGUAAAAAUGACAUUAUUUGUCAUGUUUUGUUGGAUUUAAUAUAGACGUCAUAUUCUUGUUGUAAAAAAGAUGUUGCUGAGCUGUAAAUUGUUUAUGAACAAAAUCAUGUAAGAUAAUUUUUCAAAGAAAGCAUUGAACGUAAACGCUUUUCUUUUAUUUUCAUAAAGCUAUUGUGGUCUUCUAUCAAUAAUUUUACAGUUAAUGUGCCUGCAAUCAAAACUGGCUCCACCCUGGCGCUAACUUUUUUCCCUUAUAUGUAUUUAAAUUUAACAUAAAAAUCUCUCAAACAUUUAGGCACAGAGGAUUGGUUUAUGUUAUUAAGCAUAGUAUGAAAGUCCUCUUCCCAGUUUGUUUGUAUCGUGCCUCUUAGUAAAUAUUGGUUCCGUCAAGGCGGUUACUAAAAUUGUUUCCCUUUAAUUCGUUGAUAGUAAAAACUUUUUUUUAAUCUAAAAUUUAAGGCCCAGAGGAUUUGUCGUUGGCAUACACAUUGUAUUUUUCAGGAGGUUAUUUGUUUCUCU